AUGAAACUGGCGACGAUGAAGAUCUACGCAAAAUGCCUGCGGCCGGACAUUGAGUACAAGACGCUGAGUAUAAGCUACCAGACCACCUGCCGGGAACUCAUCCACACCCUUCUGUCCAAGUACAAAAUGAAGCACCGAGAUCCCAAUCUCUUCUACCUCACCAUGGAGGUGUUGAUCCGCAAGACAGGAGUUCCCAUCCGGACGCUAAUGGUGCUGGAUGACGAGGCGUGUCCGGCGGAGCUUCAGUCUUGUCACCCACGAGGAGAGUCGAAAUUUGCCUUGCAGAUGCGACGAGGGGGUCUCGUCAAGGUCCACGAUGCCUGUCUCAUGCCCGGCUCGCAGUACAAAAGCCUGCUGAUUUCGGAAAAGACGACGGUGGACGAGCUCAUCCAACUCCUUCUCAACUGCUACAACAUCAAGGAACCUCUCAGUAGAUUCUCCAUCCAUGAGGCGAUGCAGAACAGGGGUCUAGAGAGGAAACUUCACCCCGAUGAUUGUCCAUUGUCUGUGGUACAAAAUUGCCCGGAGCCCAGAACCACGGCCCUGGUCAUCAGGAGAAACCCGGAACCCCCUCCACGCAGGAAGCUGUUGUGGAGCAAAAGCCUGGAGCUAUCGAUGUCGAGGUCAUCGGAUCGAAGUGAAACCUCCUCGCCCUCAAGUCCCGUGAAGACUCCUUCGUCAUAUCGAAAUUAUGAGAAUUACUUCUAUAUCUGAUCUCCUUUGUCCCGGAGGAAGAAGGGGGUGUGCACUAGACCAAAGAUGUUUUUCCCUUCCCGAGGUUAUCGCUGGGAUUUCUUUCUUCUCGAAGCAGCUCUUGGAUUUUUUUCCUCCCGCGUCGGUACGUGAAUACUCCGAAUCUCCUUCGACUCAGGAUCUCAUCGGCUGUUCUGUGGGUUUUCUUUUCGGGGUUUCCCGGUGUAAUCUGAGACGAUUUCCUCUGUGGAGUCCCAGUGUUUGGUGCCAUGCCCUGUCUCAGCAGAAACCAGAAACUGCUUCUGCUCAUUCCCUAGUCAUGUGACCGAUUCUCUCUUUUUUUUUGUCAAGUCAGGAAGAAGAGUGACUCUGUUUCAGUGUUGUAUCAUAUAAGAAGAAUCUAUUGAGACUGUUUUCCCAAAGAAUGACAAAUUUUGGUCCACAUACUUUUUGCUAUUUGGAGAGCCUCGACUUGGGGGGGUUUGUGGGGAAGAUACAAAGAAAAAAGACCCGUGCUUCUGUUUCUCAUAUGUGGCUUGAAAAUGAAUAUUUUUAUUCCUUACAAUA